CGGCCCUCAGCUGAGAGACGGAGGACCACGACAUCACCAGCUGGAGAACAAGACUGCUACUUCACUGAGCCUGGCCUGGAUUCUGCUUUCACACAUCAGGACGAGAUGGAUCCGCUCGAGCGCCGCGCCGCUGAGGUGGAGCUCCAGACAACCGAGAGAAUAAAGUGUUUGAGCGACGGAGGAUACGAACUGCAAAAUCAUCAGAUGGUGACAGACAUGGAGAAUAACAUCACAGUGAGCACACAUCCACUGGAGAGCACAGUACUGAUCAUCCAUCAUGACUGGCAAGACUUCCUGCAGACACAGGAUAUCCUGGAGAAGAGAAGCCCCUCCCCUCCCUCGCUGUCCUCAGACAAGAUGAGCACCUCCAUCAGCAUGACCACCCUAUCAGACGGCAGCACCCCUGAUUACCGGGAGGAUGGCAUGGAUCUGGGCAGUGAUUCCUCCAGUCGCUCCAGCUCCGAGUCCAACUCCAACAAGGUGACGCCCUGCUCCGAGUACAAGUCCUCUCCCAGUCUGGAGCUGGCUGGUCUGGAGGACUACGAGGAGGACGAGGACUUCCAGCAGUACAGUAAGAGAGCGCUGCUGGACUGGGAGAGAGAGUACACAGACAACGGCUCGGGGAGCGUCAGAGCCUCCUCUGGACCCCGGCAGCCCAGCGAGAGCCAGACGUCCAGCAGACCCGGCCAGGACAGACAAGAAUGUGUGGAGGAAAGCCAGCUUCCAGCCAUGGACUGGGCGGCUCUGGAGAGACACCUGGCUGGACUACAGUUCAGAGAACAGCAGAACCACAACCAGGGCCUGAUCCGCUCCAACUCCACCAGCGCUCAGAAGAACGAGCGCGAGUCCAUCCGGCAGAAGCUGGCUCUGGGCAGUUUCUUUGACGAUGGGCCGGGAGUCUACAGCAGCUGCAGCAAGAGCGGCAAACCCAGCCUGUCCUCCCGGCUCCAGAGCGGAAUGAACCUGCAGAUCUGCUUCGUUAACGACAGCGGCAGCGACAAAGACAGCGACGCAGACGACAGCAGGACUGAGACCAGCCUGGACACACCGCUGUCUCCCAUGAGCAAACAGAGCUCGUCUUACUCGGACAGAGACACCACGGAGGAUGACUCAGAGUCUCUGGAGGACAUGGACUUCCUGAGCCGACAGAAGAAGCUGCAGGCAGAAGCCAAGCUGGCUCUCGCGAUGGCCAAACCCAUGGCCAAGAUGCAGGUGGAGGUGGAGAAGCAGAACCGCAAGAAGUCUCCUGUGGCGGAUCUGCUUCCUCACAUGCCGCACAUCAGCGAGUGUCUGAUGAAGAGGAGUCUGAAGCCCACGGAUCUCAGAGACAUGACGCUGGGACAGCUCCAGGUCAUCGUCAACGACCUGCACUCUCAGAUCGAGGGUCUGAACGAGGAGCUGGUGCAGCUGCUGCUGAUGAGGGACGAGCUUCACAUGGAGCAGGACGCCAUGCUGGUGGACAUCGAGGACCUGACCAGGCACGCUCAGAGCCAGCAGAAGCACCUGGCGGAGAAGACCCUGUCCAAAUGAAGACAGACACGUGAUCAGCUUCUGUGAGCGCUCAUGUCCUCAAACACUAAACACAGGCCUCCGGACCCGUUCACUAAACUCUGACCGUCAGAACAGAAACACCUCGAGAGAGAGGAGCUCGAGGAGAGAAGACGGCGAGCCGUGUUUUAAAUGUUGAAUGUUUGGACGCCUCUGAAUAAGUGUUCAUAUCAUUUUCAUUCUGUUGUAUUCAGAUUCUUUAUUUGAGGGAGAUGCUUCUGUACAGAUAUGUGUAAAAUAAGAAAAAAUAAAACUUUGUUUCAUAGA